GACUCAUUAGAGCUAAGGGUAAUCGGGUUGACAACCUCUUUUGAGGAUCCAUCAACCGAACUCCGAACGGCAAUCGGCAGCCACUCGCCUUGUACAGUACGACGGUGAUAGCUCAGCACAGUGUAUCAAUCAAUCAAUCAAUCAAUCAAUCAAUCAGUCAAUCAGUCAAUCAGGUAGUCAGUAGCUAGUGAGCAUGGUAGUGUUUGUGCUGUAUUGCCAAGCAGAUCUGGAAGGCAUUGAGAGUGUUUCGUUGAGCAAAGACUCGAAUUUGUGUUUUAGCGUUCGCAAUCCUCAAGAUGUCAAUGAAGUCCGGGAAAAGGUAGUAGUCGACUCGACCGUGCUAGAAGUCUCUUCGGUGGCGGACCACGAGAAACAUCGAGAUGAGACUCCCUCCCACUUUGCCAUGAAAUGGAAAGACGCAACCCAUAGAAGCACGCUGCGGAUUCUAGGAUCCAACUCCUUUCUCAACGAAACAAAAAAUGAAAAUGACAAAAAAACAAAGAAAAACAAACAUAUUUCCAACGAAUUGCAAAAAGCUAUCGAUGCCGUCAGAAGCAUGACUUCGGAAGAUUCAGGACACCUCGUGCCCAUGCUAGCUCUAGACUGCAACGGAUUAGAGCCAUAUGCAUUUCAUCCCAUGGGAGUGCAAGGAGAAUUCGUUGUUGUCACCAAGCAGGCAGGGGGCAAGAAGAUUGAUACAGUCGACCUAUCCGAUGGAGAUUGGGCCGAUUAUGCCAUGGAUAUUGGAUCCGUUUCAAUCACUAAUUUUACAGCUAAGUUUCAGUAGACUACUAGUAGUUACAAUUCACAAUUGAUCACAAACUGACUAAAUUAAAAAACUAUAGAAACUGAAUCUACUAUCUUUUCUAACAUAUGAUAGCUUCAUCAAUACAAGUACCAG